GUCUCCUAAAAGUUUCAAGAUCUUAUCUCAUCUCAGCGCACCCCCAUCCACCCUAUCUCCUACGCCGACACCCUAAUUUCAAGAUCAGACUACCCUACUCCGUUUAAUGGAGCAAAUGGGUGUUCAUCCGGGACCUAUUUCACGAGACAUUUUAGUUCUUGCACCCGGAGAACAUAAGUGUGAUGCGGUAUGGGCGAGCGAAGAAUAUGCAAAAGUGAUCUUAAAGUGUCAUAGGACUUGUUCUAGUUUAUAUACAAAGACUCUUGUUGCUAAUAGACCACCCCGUGUGAUUGAGAUUUUACAAGAUUAUGGAUUUUAUGAGGUGAAGAAAGUUGGUGGAUUACAGUUGGAUUGGGCUUUGAUUACUUCUUUAGUGGAGAGAUGAAGACUCGAGACCCAUUCAUUCCAUCUUCUCUUUGGAGAGGUCGGAAUUACGCUGCAAGAUGUUGAGGUUUUGAUUGGAUUGCCUGUAGAUGGCAUUCCAUUGGCAGGGAUCACUGGUCGAUCAAAGGAUCAGUGGAUUCAGAUAUGUGACGACAUGAUGGGAUUUAGACUUGAAGCAUCUGAUAUUAUGUCUUCUAUGAUUAAGAUAUCUGCAAUUGUUCCGAAGGCGUUGACAGAUCAUAGUGUAGAUGUUGAUUACCUACAACAUGCUAGAGCUAUUAUGUUUUAGUUGUUGGGUGGUAGCUUAUUUCCUAACAUGUCAGGAAAUAAGGUUAGCUUGUAUCUAUUGGAGGUAAUCAUGGGUGACUCUGUGGUGGUGCGGGGUCGUGCCAAUGGUGCUGCAAUUCUUAGUUUCUUGUAUCGUAGUAUGUCUCGUGCUAGAAUGACACAUGUAGCACAGAUUGGAGGGUGUCUUAUCCUGUUACAGCUUUGGGCUUGGGAACGUGUCUCCCUAUGACUACACCUAGGGGCGUUGUACCAUUGGAGCAGCUGGUUAAUGUCCCAUACGGAGUCAGAUGGGUGUGUUAUCAGUGGCGGUCAGAUUGUACGACACACUCCUUACGAGCAUACAGGGACCAGUUAGAUAGGUUGCUCGAGGGAGAGGUAAGUACUAUUCACAUCACAAUGUAAUGCAUACAUAUUUUAUUUUAAAUGUCUAUCGUAUUACUUCUUUAUGUAUGCAGUUUGUUUGGAUGACGUAUCCGAAUCUCGAUACCCUACCACCCUUUUGUUCAGCCGGACUCCAAAUAUGGAUAUCACGCAUCCCUUUGAUCUACGGGCAUGUUGUGGAGAUGUACUUUCCGGAUCGGUUUUGCAGACAGUUUGGUGCCCUCCAACGCAUUCCUCAAGAUGUUGCGUAUGAUCGGCACCUACAUAGCAUUAAGUCAAACACUAUGGAGCUUGGUGACAGUGAGAGACAUUAUUUAGAUGUAUGGGAGGGACGUUACGUUGCACAUGUACCGAUGGAAUUUGGGAUGAUCGAUGCCACACCUGAGUAUCGCCAGUAGUAUUACCUCCGCGGUCGAAGACAGAUAGCAAACCCCGCACAUCAUCACGGAAUAGGCUACGUUCCCAUUUCUCCUGAGCUACAGACCGUUGUAAGAAAAUUAAUGGAGCCACGCUGGGACGGAGGAGAUAGCGGCAUGGUGCCGGGUUGCUUUUAUUAUCUUGUUAUUUCCCAUUGAACUCUAAGUACUUUUUUGUGGCUUGAACCCACGUUUGUAUUUCUGUUGACUUUCAUUUUAGCUUCCGUAACGUUUUUAAUUAUAACUCUGAAAACUAUUUUUAUCAUGUUACGAAACUUAUAUUUUAAAUGCUUGGAGAUUAACAAUAUUAUUAAUGUUUCCAAUAUAUGAGAAGUUGGUGG